CCGGGAUGACAGCGGCGGGGGUGGCGGCUGCUGCAGCGCGGGGCUGAGCGAGCGGCGUGCGAGCCAGGGGAAGAGGAGGAAGUGGAGCCGCGACCCGGAGCUCCGGAGUCAGGGGCCGCGCCGAGAUCCGCCCGGUUUUGCAGAGCGAGCCGAGUCCGGACCUGGGAAGACUUCCCUCCGGGCUCCUAUCUUCCCGGCCCGGCUCCUGCCGCCGCGGGUCCUCGCUGGCGUCCUCAGCAGCCCCGCCUGCCCCGGCCCCGGAUUCCGCGUCGGGACGCUUCCAGCCCCACGGUCCGGGACGUCGUGCCCGGGGCUCCGGAGCCCCCGACUCUGAUUCGGUGCACCUGGGCGGGACGCCCCUGGCCCACCAUACGGGUCCAUGGUUGCGGGCUCGGUCCCAGCCUUUUCUAGUGUGUGUCGGAGCCCCCAGCCCUCCGCCCGGCGUUAACGCUGGUUGUCCCCAAGAUCCCGACUGAGUGCAAAGGAGCCCGGACGCCCCCAGCCUCUGUUUCCCCGAGACCUGGACCAGCUGCUUCCCACCGGUGCUUAGGACUUGGGAGCGGCGAGCGCCCAGGAAGCCCCGGCCGGGUCAAGCGCCCCGAGAAGGCUCCCGGGCAGGUUGGACAAUCGGACUGAAGGUCGGACUGAAUCAGACCUGGGUGGUACUGCGAGCCGAAGCUGCCUCCUUCCUGCGGUCCCAGGCCAGGGACUUGGCGCUUGCCCCGAAGAGAACACAGGGGCCCCUCUGCCCCGGCGGCCGGCGGGAGCCGAGAGCUGCAGCUCUCCCAGUGAAGUGACAUCACCACCUCCCUGACAGGCCGCCCCUGGGAGCCCAGCUCACAGCCACUGGUACCUUCUUCCAGGACCAGCCUGGGGCCCCAUGGGCUCCUGAGGGCCAGGCACCAGGGCCUUGGGCACAAGCAUGGUAAGACACCAGCCCCUGCAGUACUAUGAGCCCCAGCUGUGCCUCUCCUGCCUCACCGGCAUCUACGGCUGCCGCUGGAAACGCUACCAGCGCUCCCAUGAUGACACCACACCGUGGGAACGCCUCUGGUUCCUGCUCCUCACCAUCACCUUCGGCCUCACGCUCACCUGGCUGUACUUCUGGUGGGAAGUCCACAAUGACUACGAUGAAUUCAACUGGUACCUCUACAACCGCAUGGGCUACUGGAGUGACUGGUCCAUGCCCAUCCUCAUGAUCACAGCCACCGCCUUCACUUACAUUGCGGGCCUCCUGGUGCUGGCACUGUGUCACAUCGCCGUGGGGCAGCAGAUGAACCUGCACUGGCUGCACAAGAUAGGGCUGGCGGUCGUCCUGGUGUCCACGGUGGUGGCCAUGUCGGCCGUGGCCCAGCUGUGGGAGGAGGAGUGGGAGGUGCUGCUGAUCUCCCUGCAGGGCACGGCUCCAUUCCUGCACAUGGGGGCCCUGGCCGCCGUCACCGUGCUCUCCUGGGUCGUGGCAGGACAGUUCGCCCGGGCAGAGCGGUCCUCCUCCCAGAUGGCCAUCCUCUGCGCCUUCUUUGCUGUGGUGUUUGCCCUCUACCUGGCCCCCCUCACCAUCUCCUCUCCCUGCAUCAUGGAGAAAAAGGACCUGGGCCCCAAGCCCGCCCUCAUUGGCCACCGCGGGGCCCCCAUGCUGGCCCCAGAGCACACGCUGAUGUCAUUCCGGAAGGCCCUGGAACAGAGGCUGUAUGGGUUACAAGCUGAUGUCACCAUCAGCCUGGAUGGCGUGCCCUUCCUCAUGCACGACACCACCCUGCGGCGCACCACCAACGUGGAGGAGGAGUUCCCGGAACUCGCCCGCAGGCCCGCCUCCAUGCUCAACUGGACUGUCCUGCAGAGACUCAAUGCUGGCCAGUGGUUCCUGAAGACGGACCCCUUCUGGACGGCCAGCUCCCUGUCACCCUCCGACCACAGGGAGGUCCAGAACCAGUCCAUCUGCAGCCUGGCGGAGCUCCUGGAGUUGGCCAAGGGCAAUGCCACACUGCUGCUCAACCUGCACGACCCUCCUCGGGAGCAUCCCUACCGUGCCAGCUUCCUCAACAUCACGCUGGAGGCCUUGCUGCGCUCCGGCUUCCCCCAGCACCAGGUCAUGUGGCUGCCCAACAGGCAGAGACCCUUUGUACGGAAGGUGGCUCCUGGCUUCCAGCAGACGUCAGGCUCCAAAGAGGCAGCUAGCAGCCUGCGGAGAGGUCACAUCCAGUGGCUGAACCUGCGCUACACUCAGGUGUCCCACCAGGAGCUCAGGGACUAUGCGUCCUGGAACCUGAGUGUGAACCUCUACACGGUCAACACGCCGUGGCUCUUCUCCCUGCUGUGGUGCAUGGGGGUCCCGUCUGUCACCUCCGACAACGCCCACACCCUGUCCCGGGUGCCUUCCCCCCUCUGGAUCAUGCCCCCGGACGAGUACUGCCUCAUGUGGGUCACCGCGGACCUGAUCUCCUUCACCCUCAUCAUUGGCAUCUUCGUGCUCCAGAACUAUCACUUGAUCAGGUGGCGCCUGGGUGGCAUACGGAGCUACAACCCCGAACAGAUCAUGCUGAGCGCAGCGGUGCACCGGACCAGCCGGGAUGUCAGCAUCAUGAAGGAGAAACUCAUCUUCUCAGAGAUCAGCGACGGCAUGGAGGUCUCUGACGAGUUCUCUGUAUGUUCAGACAGCAGUUGUGACACAUACGCCAACAGCGCCACCACCCCAGUGAACCCCCGAGGGACUGGCAGCCGUGCCAAGACCCUCAGGGACCGGAGUGGCCGUUAGCUGGAGACUUCUCCCCAGGCUGUGCCUAAUGCAGAGACCAGGGAACCCAGAAGAGCUGGCAGAAGCCUGUCUGGACGUGGAGUGCUCUGGGAGCGGGCUCCACCCCUUGUCCGCCAUGGCCUCUCUUGCAGGGGACUCCUCUCUCCCGAGGCCCAGCUGGGCCAGGACUCCAGCCUCUCAGAUGCCCCUGCAGGCCUGGGGAUCCUUCUUCUGAGAAGUGCGGGGCCUGAGCCCUGGUCUUCCCUUGCACCUCGACCUGGAAGCUUUGAUGGGUCACCGGGCCACACCUUACCCCGUGACCAUCCUCCUGUUCGUGCUGUGAGGCAGCCAACUUUUCCAUGUUCCUCCUGCCUUGAGGACCUGGAGCUGGGCCUCUGCCCCCAGCAGCUCUACUCUUCACGUCAGUCUCAAAGCACAAGGAGAUCCCGCCCAGGAGGAGAGGCUGCUGCAGUGGGAGACACUCCUUCCGGCCAGCCUCCCGCUACCCGUGGCCCUGCCCCCGGAGAGCAGCUGGGAAUGGCCAGAAGAGCAGGCUCAGGGCUGCUCAGCCCCUAACCCAGGUGUCCAACAGGCCUCCAGGGCAGAGUGGCCACAGACUGACACGACCUCAGUGGCCACAGGGCAGGGGCCACCUGGGGUGGGCAUGUGGCCAAGGUGAUUAAAGCUGCCAUCUUGACAUGUCAUUUCUGAAUUGUCUGUGGAAGGAUGGGGACCAAACUUACUGGGUUUGGGGACCAGUAUCCCCAUACUGAGGUGGGGGAGACGGUCUUGGAGAGGUAAAGUGACCGUCCAAGGCCACAAAGAACACACAGCACCAGAAUCCCACCCGGGCUCUUGCCCCAGAGUGUGCGCAUGUUCUGUAGCCAGCCGGGAACAGCGUGGAAGGUGGGGAGGGCUCCUGGGUCCGACACGGGGGCGGGCAUGGGGCUGAGAGCCCUUCACAGCCACGUGGAGGUUCCGGUUCCUGAGCUCCCUGGCCUGUGCAGUGACAGACCUGCAGCCAGGAGAUGGCGCUCCGCCAUGGCAGAGGUUUGGCUUGGACUCCGCAAGGCUUCGGACUUGACCAGAGCGGGCCCACCCCAUUCCUGGCACGCUGGGGUGUCUGGGCUGUAAGCCCCAAUAGAGCCAACAGAUGUCCCUUCCUGUCUCUCAGUCCUUGGACCUCUGCCCUCCACAAGGGGUCAGCAGUGGAGUCAGGGCCGGUCUGUCACUCCUACCUUUGUCCGAAGCGUCUGUAUGACCCUGGGUGUGUCCGAAAGGAGGAAGGGGGGAAGCUGAGCCCCAGCACCAGCCUGUAUUAAAUAAACAUGGUGCUUUCUGGGAACCGA